ACAGCCGUUUGCGCAUCCGAGCCUACCGCGCAGCAGAACGGCCAAGCCCGAAGCCACUAAAAAAUUCGGAGACUCAGCGGGAAAGCCGAGCGGGCCAAUGGAAGAAGGGAAGAGGAGUGCGGCGGUAGUAGUGUAGUGGCGUGGUAGUAGUGUGCUAGUGCUCGCAAAGCAGAGAGCGUAGGCGAGAGAAUUGAUUGAUUACUCCCACAGUCCCACCACGUCUUCUCCACCUCCGACCCACCCGUCCUCGCGAAGCCACCAUCAUUGCCGCCAUCGCCGCAAGAUCCGAGCUCACUGCUGCUCGUUGCUUAGUUUCUUAAGUGCUUCGCUUCUCGGCGAAGUGUUGCGGUUGUGGUACUGGAGUGGAGUGGCGGUACGUGUGCUGAAGUAGUACCCACCACCACCUCCAUUAAAGGCGCUCACGCGCCGCCUCCGCCUCCACGAGAAAGCGAGGCGAGAGAGUGAGGACGUACUCCUUCUCACUUCCUCCUCUCACGGGGGCAGCCACGUACAAAGGCAGCUGCUUGCCAACGCCCGCCCAGCACCCCCUCGCCGCACCACCCCACGCCGCGCACCUUUAAAGAGAGCGCGCCACCUUAAAGAGGCCGGGGCGGCUCGCGUGAAAGCAGAGGAGCGAGAAUGGCGGCGACUGCGCGGCUCGGCGCUGUCGUGGCGUGCGUCAUCUUGGCGGUCGUGGUGGUGGCGCCGCGGCCGGCGGCGGGGAUCCUCGACCCCGUGGACUUCCUGGCGCUGCAGGCGGUGCGGCGGUCGCUGGAGGACAUGCCCGGGUCCGCGUUCUUCGACGGGUGGGACUUCACCGCCGACCCGUGCGGGUUCCCCGGCGUGUUCUGCGACGGGGACAGGGUGGCGGCGCUCGCGCUCGGUGACCCCCGGGCGGGGUCGCCGGGUCUGACGGGGCGGCUCGAUCCGGCUCUCGGCCAGCUGUCCGCGCUCACCGAGCUCUCGCUCGUGCCUGGGCGCGUGGAGGGGGAGCUACCGGCGUCGCUCGCCGCGUGCUCGAACCUCCGGUUCCUGGCCGUCAGCAAGAACCUCAUCUCCGGCACGAUACCGGACGGCAUCGGCGCGCUGUCCAACCUCCGGACGCUCGACGUUAGCUUCAACCAGAUCUCCGGCGCCAUCCCGCCGUCCAUCGCCGGGUUGCCGUCGAUCACCAACCUCAUCCUCUGCCACAACCAGCUCACCGGCGGGAUCCCGUCGUUCCCGGGCUCGUCCUCGCUCCUCCGACUGGACCUCAAGCACAACGCUCUCUUCGGCGGCGUGCCCGCACUCCCGGCAGGGCUGCAGUACCUCUCGCUCUCGGCGAACCAGCUCACCGGCACGGUCGACUCCGUUCUGCCCUGGCUGACACGGCUCAACUUCCUCGACCUCAGCAUGAACCAGCUCGAGGGACCGAUCCCGCCGUCGGUGUUCGCAUUGCCGCUGUCCGUGCUGCAGCUGCAACGCAACUUCUUCGCGGGCCCCGUCCAGCCGUCCAACGACGUGACAAUCCCGGUGGUGGACCUGAGCUACAACCGCUUCUAUGGCCAGCUCUCGCCGCUCCUCGCGGGCGUCGGGCAGCUGUACCUGAACAACAACCGGUUCACUGGCCAGGUGCCGGCGCGGCUGGUGCAGGAGCUGGUGGGCUCCGGCGGGCUGCAGCUGCUGUACCUGCAGCACAACUUCCUGACCGGCAUCGAGAUAUCGCCGGCGUCGUCGCUCCCGUCCAGCGUCUCGCUCUGCCUGAUGUACAACUGCAUGGUGCCGCCGGUGUACGCGCCUUGCCCGAUCAAGGCCGGGUCGCAGAACACGCGGCCAGCCGACCAGUGCCCCGAGUGGAGGGGCUGAGCUGUGACUCAUCGUGCAAGAACAAAGACAAUGCCAAUGCCGGAUCGCCUCGGAUCGGUCGGAAUCGCCGAAAGCAGAAGAACAGUGGAGAUUGCAAAAGGGUGGUCUCUGAAUUCUUUGAUUGAAUUGUUCAGUUACCAGUGUUCUUUCUUAUUCUUUUUUUUUUUUUUGGUUGGGGGAGGAUAGUUACAGACAAGUAAGUGCUUCAAUAAUCAGGAUUUACAGGUGUAAGUUUUUUGUUUAGUUGGUGUAUGUGCAUUUGUGUCUCUGUUGUAUAGGGAGCAGUAGUAGUUACUAUAACAUUGGCUCUAUGUUGUGAGGAUGCUGAUGAUGGUGUUAAGAGCCAGUGAUGUUAUUUUAUCACAUCAUGCCAUUGAGCAAGGAUGAUAUGACAAGCAUACACUGUGCUUGAUUUUGUUUGCCACGUGAGAAACUCUUCACAAUGCUUGUAAGAGAUGACCUGAUCUUUUUUGUUA